AUGAAAUUUCUCAAGGCCGGCGGUACUGCUGUAGAUGCCGUGGAGGUUGCCAUCAAGAGCCUCGAAGACAGGGAAAUUACCAAUGCUGGCUACGGAAGCAACCUGACCAUAGAUGGAGUUGUGGAGGGUGACGCUACCAUUGUCGACCAUCUCGGUCGCAGUGGUGCCUGCGGAGCAGUUCCGAUGAUCAAAAAUCCCAUUUCGCUCGCCCGGCUCAUCCUUGACCAGACCAAUAUUCCUCUGUCAUUGCGCCGCAUCCCGCCCAACAUUCUGGUCAGUGCGGGUGCACGGCGGUUUGCCGAGGAGCACGGAAUGCGCACAGUGCCAAACGAGAAGCUCGUCCAUGAAUCCGCCGAGUUCAAGGACGACAAUUCAGACAUCAUCUCCGACACGGUGGGGGCCAUAGCCGUCGACUUUCAGGGCAACAUUGCUGCGGGCUCGUCAUCUGGCGGCAUCGGGAUGAAACACAGUGGUCGAAUGGGGCCAGCUGCUUUGGUGGGGAUCGGCACGGCCGUUCUGCCGGCUAACCCCAAGGACAAGAUGGGAACGUCAGUGGCCGCGGUGACCAGCGGGACGGGCGAGCACAUGGCUACAACGAUGGCGUCGCAUACCUGCGCAGAGCGGCUCUACUACAACAUGCGAGUAGAUGCAGGGGGCUCUCCCGUGGCCGAGUACGACGACGACACACUGAUGAAGACGUUUGUGUCGGAGGCUUUCAUGGACCAUCCGGGAGUGAAGAACCAGGUCUCGGGAGGUGCGAUAGGGGUGAUGGCGGUGAAGAAGACAUGCAAGGGCGUGUACUUCUAUUUUGCACACAAUACCGACUCGUUUGCCCUUGCAUCACUGUCGUCAAACGAAAAGGACCCUCUGGUGGUGAUGUCGCGGCUGGGGUCUCGAGAAAGUGUUGCACGGGGCGGCCGCAAGAUCAAGAACAAUUGA